AUGGAACCUCCAAAGGCUCUGUUCAAGCUAAUGAAUCCAGAAAGUUACUGGGAUAAAGUUUCGUUGGAAAAAGUUGUUGAUGUGAUUGACCUCAAAACAACGAUCAAGAAAGAGGUAUAUCCUUUUCUUAACGCCUAUUCUGCGGGUCAACUUGUUAUUAAGGCCACGAAAAUAGAAGUCAAAGAAGCAGAUAACGCAACAGAACAAGAUGGAGAAAAGAAGCUAGUUGAUAUCCUCAACGACUUUAUGGUUCCGUAUAGUGAUGUUUCAAUCAAGGAAUCCUUCGCUGAAAAUAUUAGGUUAUUUGUUUAUGUUCAUAGCGCAUUAAUAAAACGAUCUUACAAAAAGACCAUUGAUAUUGAUGAUCAUCUCGUGGUUAUCUCUGAAGAGCGAUUGUCUGAAUUCAAUCGGCAAUGGGAUCAAUAUAAAAUCAUUCGUCUGUGUAGCCCACCAGGUUCGGGGAAGACAACAUUCGCAAGAUGGAUUGAAUUAAACAACAAAGAUCACGUUCGCGUGGUUCGCCGCAUUUCAAUGAAUCAUUUAAAUAGAAUCUCUGGCGCUUUUGAAAAUGAGGAUAUCUUCAAUGAUUCCUGGAAGAAAUUUGCUGGAGAAACUUGGACAAACUGCCUCCAUAGCACAACGCCAACAGAUAUUCUAAUCGAUGAAGCUCAAAUUCUUUAUGGCAGAGCAGCUUUUUUUUGGAAUGACAUUAAGAACCUCCAAGAUCUCCCCAAUCACAACUUGCGUGUGAUUUUAUUAAGCAUGUAUAGCGAUCGCCCAAUAGUAAUUGGAGAUGAAAAUUACACGCCCAUCGAAUUUCAGCAUACGCUGGGAAUAGAGCAGCUACGUCUAACGCGAACAGAGUACAAUGCACUUGUGAAAAAGUUUAUUAAUUUUAUCUACGAAAACGAAGAUUUUAUGCUCAUUAUUCCAGACAGCAAUUUUCAAUGCAACAGCUGGAUAUCCACACCUUGUGAGGGUGUCACUGGGUUGUCUGAAAAAUUAUUGCCGGCUGAUAACGCCAAUUUUUUGAGAAACGCAUAUUACAAAGUCGAUUCAGCUUCAACUUUUAUUUUAGAUCUAUAUGAUCAGGAAAUGGAUCGAAUUGCCAAGAAAUUCAAGCGUUCGGGUUUGAUCACAGAUGCGCCAGGAGGAUGUUUUCAGUUUGCUGCACCAAUCGUGCGUAUUAUACUGGGAACUGAAUUGUUCAAGGCACGUACAUCACCUACGCAAUCAAGUAAUGACUUUGACAACUUUUUACUUCUCAGCAUUGAGCGAAUGCGACCAUUGACAUUACUUAAUUCUCUGAGUUGCAGACGUAAUGAGGGUGUGCGUUUGAUAAAGAGACAGUUGCAAACCGAGUGGUUAUUGGCUGCAACGUCCGCUGUGCCACCAGGAAUCUCAAUCAGACCUGAUGUUUUUCAAGUGUUCGGAAUUCAAGGUUAUCUUGAUUUCUACAUUAAUGGCGAGCUAAAUUGUGGUGUGGGACUUAUGAGAGAGGGUAAAAAGAUGGUAGACCAUAUCGAUCAUUUUGGAAGUGAAGGCAGUUUCAAAAAUAUUCUGUUUGAUCG